AUGAAGGUAUCAAAUGAAGAGGCACUGGAAGCAUCUAUCAAACAAGUUGUUUUAGAGGUAGAUGGAAAAAAGGACGAAAUCUCCCAAAAGGAUGAAAAAAAGAAAAUGCCACAACUGAUCAAUGACAUCAGAUCAAUGAUGAGAUCAAUAGGGGAUGGUGAGAUCAGCAUUUCAGCAUAUGAUACGGCGUGGGUUGCUAUUGUAAAAAACAUGGACGGAGACAGCCCACAAUUUCCCUCUAGUAUCCACUGGAUAAUUCAAAAUCAACUGUCAGAUGGUUCAUGGGGCGACGAGGCCUUCUUCUUGGUCCAAGACCGAAUGAUCAAUACCUUAGCCUGUAUUAUCGCACUGAAGUCAUGGAACAUCCACGAGGACGAGCAAGAAACAGGUUUGUCUUUUAUUCGAGAAAAUUGGUGGAGGCUAGAGAACGAGGAAUUAGACGACUGGAUGUUAGGUGGUUUUGAGAUAAUCUUUCCGCGACUAUUAGAGAUGGCGGUUGACUUAGGUCUGGAUGUGCAUUGUGAUGAGUAUGCCCUUCGAGGUGUAUUUGCCAAAAGAGACCAAAAGCUAGCAAGGAUUCCUAAAGAUUUAUUGCACAAUGCACACACAAGUUUACUUUUCAGUCUUGAGGGAAUGCAAGACGUGGAUUGGAAAAGAAUACUUAAGCUCAGGUGUCCUGAUGGCUCAAUUAUGUCAUGUCCUGCAUCCACCGCUUAUGCUCUUAUGCAAACUGGCGACAAUAAAUGCCUUGAGUUUCUUGACGGAAUCAUCAAAAAGUUUAACGGUGGAGCACCUACUUUCUAUCCAAUUGAUCUCUUCGAGCACUUAUGGUUAGUGGACCGGUUAGUGCGGCUGGGCAUAUCAACAUACUUUACAAGUGAAAUUAAGGAAUGCUUAGAAUACGUCUACAGGUAUUGGAGUGACAAGGGAUUGUUUUGUACGAGUGAUGUUCCAUUUCGUGAUAUCGAUGACACUGCCAUGGGGUUUCGUCUCCUCCGUCUGCAUGGUUACCAUGUCUCUCCACGUGCGUUGAAGCAAUUUGAAAUGGAUGGAGAGUUUUUUUGCUUUGCAAGGGAGUCGAAUAAAUCUUUGACAUGUGCGUUCAGCCUUUACCGUGCUUGCCAAGUCGCCUUCCCAGGCGAGGAUGAUCUCCAACGGGCGGAAAUCUUUAGCCAUCAGUUCCUUCAUGAUAGGCGAGACUCCCACAACUUAAAAGACAAAUGGCUCAUUGCCAAAGACUUGUCCGGAGAGGUCGGAUACGCUCUAGACAUGCCCUGGAAAGCUAGUUUGCCACGCAUCGAGACAAGGAUGUAUCUAGAGCAAUAUGGUGGCAGCAAUGAUGUAUGGAUCGCAAAGGUCCUCUACAGGAUGUAUCUUAUCAACAACGACAUAUUACUCCAGGCAGCUAAAGCUGAUUUCAGCAGUUUCCAAAGAAUGUGCCGACUUGAAUUGCAUGGCAUAAAAAAGUGGUCCAAGUGGAAAAACCUUGAAAUGUAUGGUGUGUCUCCAAAGAGUGUGUUGCAAGCUUACUUCUUAGCUGCAUCCAGCAUCUUCGAGCCAAACCGAGCAACGGAGCGCCUAGGAUGGGCUCGCACAGCUGUGCUCGCCGAGGCCGUCUCCUCGCACUUCCGACGUAGUACUUCUCCAGACAGCACCAGGGAAGGCUUCGUUAGUAAACUAACCGGCGACCGUUGCAACAACAUAGAAAGCGGAGCGAAGGGUUCAGCGGAAAGCAGCCUACUACAUGCACUUCAUGAGCAUAUCAGCUUCCUUUCGUUUGACGAUGCGUCCUCUGACAACCUUUGUGAAUCCUGGAAGCAGUGGAUCGUGACCUGGACUAGCCGGGACUGUCAAGGGAAUGCAGCACUACUGUUGGUUCGCGCAAUUGAGAUAUGCUCCGGAAGGCAUGGUUGCUUGACCGACCAGAAACUGGAGCUUUACAAGUAUUCUUGGCUUGAGCACCUAACCUCUUCAAUCUGCCGGAAAGUUUGCGCAAAAGCUCAGGAUCGGCAAAGUACGGAGAAUGCUGGGGACUCCAAUCAUCAAGUAGAUCUGGAGAUGAAAGAGCUGGCACGAUGUGUUCUUAAGGGUGACGGUGGUAUAAGUGAACCCACUAGGCACACAUUUCUCGACGUAGUUAAGAGCUUCUACUAUGUCGCACACUGCUCUCCUGAAACAGUUGAUAGCCACAUCUCCAAGGUGAUAUUCGAAGAUGUAAUUUAG